GGCAGCAGUGCUUCCGGGUGUCGAUGCGGAAGUGGCGCAGUGCUUGUUUACUCCCAGCUGCGUCUCUGCUGUAUUUUAUCGGUAGUUGUGAGCUGAGCGGUCCAGUUGUUUCCACUCCUCGGCUGUUGGAGCUGUCGUCGCGUUUUCAAUGGGAGGUCGCGGACUUCUGGGGAACCAGCCGGACUCCAUAGACUACUCGGUGCAUGAAGCCUGGAACGAGGCUACAAAUGUCUACCUGCUCGUCAUCCUGGUCAGCUUCGGCCUGCUCAUCUACGCAAGAAAAAACAAGAGGAAGAUCAUGCGGAUCUUCACGCUGCCUCCCACCGUCGGCAGCAGCCCGGAGCCCAACUUCUACGACAGCCUGCAGAAGGUGCGGCUGCGGCAGCAGCUUGAGAUGUACUCUCUGGGUGAGCGCGCAGCCUUAAAAAGUGUUGCAUCAUCACGAGUCUGAAAUUAAGGCCUUAAAAUGUCUUGAAUUCCUUUUUUAAAAACUAGGAAGUUUGAACAGCAGCAGCAGCAGCAGACUGACAGUGUGCAGCUCUCCAUGGAAUGAGAAACAACAUUUUCAGCCCCUUCUCAUGAGUUUCAGUCUCCCAGACGGAGGUGGACUUGGACUCCUGUCAGAAUCAGAGAUGGUGCGCGCCGUCAGGAGCGGACACAGCUGGAUGGACGAUUAGACAUUAGCAGAGAGUGAAGGCGUGCGGCAUCUCUUCAGCCUGCAGCGGGGAGAGCACAAAUAAGCGAGGGAGAGCGCGGAGAAUUUAAUGGACGUCAAUAUUUUGUUUAUCGUUCAUGUUCGCACACAUUUAAACCAGUGGUUGUUAAAGUAAAGAAAAGAAAAGUGGAAAUGUGUUGUUUAUUCUUGCAUAAAGCCCAGAUCACGACGCUGAUGUGACGCCAGAGGAUGAGCUCAAAGACGUAACGGGAACGUUCUCUCCGUCGAAUGUGUUUGGUGACCCAACAGUGGGUUGUCCUGGAGAGAUUCUCCGCAUCUGUAUUUCGUUUUGAGACUUUUGGUAAUGGACAUAAAGACAUUGUUCAUAUACACCAGGGGUCUCAAACUCCAGUCCUCAAGGGCCGCUGUCCUGCAACUUUUAGAUGAGCCUCUGCUGCACCACACCUGGGUAGAAUAAUUAGGUCAGUAAGGCUCUGGAGAACUGAUCUACACAAGGAGGUAAUGAAGCCAUUUCAUUCCAGUGUUUUGUACCUGCAGCACAGCGGCCCUUGAGGACUGGAGUUUGACAACUGUGAUCUACACAGUCCAUAAAAAUGUGCUCAUCAGUCUCCCUAUGAUAUUCCAAAAAUGACAUUUUGAGAUGGUGUGGACUCAAGUUUUAGAACAUUAAAGCUGUGAAGAAAUUAAAUAUUACUCUGAUUUAC